AGGGCAGGGAAGAGCAUCUGCAGCCUCCCUGUCUCUUUGCCCCUUGCAAAGCCUCCUGGAGGCUUUUGCUUCUCUGCAAGUUUCCAUGCUCACUGUUUCUGUUUCUCUCUCUUUAAUGGUGCACGGGAGCUCUGGGUUUCUUUUAAAUGUGUUUGCAUUUUACGUAACCACUAGCUCUCUCCUCUCAGCAAAUGUGCAGUGGUGACCAGCUUUUUUCUCUUGCCGAAAAAUACUGUCCAGCUCUCUGGAACGGCGAAGAUGUCUUGCCAGUGUCGAGCUCUUGCCUCAGUCAGGUCUUUUGGGCUGCGCUGGAGAUUGUGCCUACACCCAAGCCGGAAAUGUGUCUCCCAACAAGCUCCAGUGUCUGAACUGGCACGUCUAAGCCAAGAGGUGCCCAGGGACUUCAACUACGCGGGUGAUGUUCUAGACAAGUGGUCACAAAUGGAAAAGGAUGGGCUGAGAGUCCCUCACUCCGCCCUGUGGGAAGUCGACGCCAAAGGAGCCGAGGUGAGAUGGAGCUUUGAGGAACUGGGCAUCCUCUCCAGGAAGGCUGCCAGGGUCCUUACUGAAGCCUGCAACCUACACCAAGGAGACAGAGUGGCCAUGCUGCUACCUCCAGGCCUGGAGUCGUACCUCAUCAGCCUGGCCUGCAUGCGAACAGGACUUGUCUUUGUGCCAGGGUCAUCGCAGCUGACCGUUUCAGACAUUCUCCAUCGACUGCGGGUGUCUGAGGCUAAGUGCAUCGUGACCAAUGAUGAUUUGGCCCCAGCAAUUGACUCCAUCGAGUCUCACUGCCCCUCUCUGAAAACCAAACUCCUGCUGUCAGACGACAACCGGGGAAGCUGGCUAAACUUUCCGAAGCUGAUCCACUCUGCCCCCACUGAUCAUCGCUGCGUUAGAACCAAGAGUCGUGAUGCUAUGGCCAUCUACUUCACCAGUGGGACGGCGGGGUCUCCGAAAAUGGUGGAACAUUCUCACUACAGUCUGGGGAUGGGAUUCAGCCUGGCUACCAGGUGGUGGAUGGAUUUGGAACCUGCAGAUGUUGUGUGGGGUCUGGGUGAUGCCUCUGGGGUGGAUCUCUUCUCCCUGAGCAGUGCUUUGGGGGCCUGGCUUCAAGGGGCCUGUCUGUUUCUGCAUCACCUGCCCAAGUUCAGCUCGGAGACGGUGCUAGAUGCUCUGUCCAGAUUUCCCAUCACCACCUUCUACGGUCGGCCAUCCUUGUACCAGAGAUUGCUGCAGGACUGUAACUUCACCUGCUAUAGGUUCCAAAGCCUGAAGCACUGUGUGGCCACCGGAGAGCCCAGCAAACCUGGGGUGAAUCGGGAGUGGAAACGCCUCUCUGACCUGGACAUCUAUGAAGGUUAUGGACAGACGGAAACUGGUCUAAUUUGUGCCACCGAUAAAAGAAUGAAAAUGAAACCUGGCUCUCUGGGGAAGCCGGUUCUGCCGUACAACGUUCAGAUUGUAGAUGAAAACUUAAAUAUCCUGCCUCCAGGAGAAGAGGGAAACAUUGCUGUCCAGACCCAACCAAUACGGCCAUUUUCUCUGUUCUCUCGCUAUGUGGACAACAUAAAGCAAACGGCAUUGGCAGAACCCAGGAGAUUUUAUCUCACCGGAGACAAGGGAAUUAUGGAUGAAGAAGGCUACUUUUGGUUUGCUGGAAGGGCUGAUGACAUUAUCAAUGCCUCUGGAUGGUCAACCCCAUUACACAAGACGAGAUGAAGAAGGAAGAUCCUGAGAAGCCUGUGCUGUGUGCCCGAGAGGGAUCUUCUCCAGGAGGCCAGAAGCGGCCAGGGCAGACCAGAAGGGAAGGCAGCUGGACUACAACUUCUCUGACAGCUGCUGCAACCAAGG